CCUCUCGACCUUCAUCAACCGGUGCGUCCGACCGCGUCCGACCGGCGAGCGCUGCUGACCGGGGCUCGCGACCGUCGCAGGAAAUGCGUGAACUGGGCGGGCGUGCACAUGCCGAUCAUGGCUGGGAUAUCGGGCAAGAAGGAGGGCGGGUGCAAGAGCCUCGUCAUGUCUGGCGGAUACGAGGACGACCGGGACUCGGGCGAUCUCUUCACGUACACGGGCGCGGGGGGACGCGUCGGGCAAAACGGGGAUAACCUCCGCGAUGGGCCCCAGAACUGCGACCAGACUUGGGCCAACACGGGGAACGCGUCGUUGAAGGUAUCGGCGCACACCAAGCGGCCCGUGCGCGUCGUGCGCGGGUUCCAGUCCAACUCCAAGUACGCGCCCGCCGAAGGCUACCGUUACGACGGGCUCUACAUCGUCGUCAAGGCUUGGAUGGAGCCAGGGCGGAGUGGCUUUCAGGUGUGCCGAUUUAGGCUCGAGGUGCGCGUUUCCUCCCCCUCCCCC